UGCAUUUGGACCCAGGGUUGGCGGUGCUGCGGGUGGGAACAAAGCAGUGGAAUGUCAGAGAAGACAAAAGCAACACAAAGGCAGCAGAGCGCUGGAGCUGCCGCUGAGGGUCUGCUCCUUUGGGACAACGCAAGGAGCUUUGGGGGCCCCAUGGCAGUAACCAUCCCCAUCCCAGGGCUGGAUGCAGGGAAUUCCCUCGGCCCAAUCCCCCCUCCCCACCUCGCAGGCCCUGGAGGAGCUGAAGAUGUCUGGAGCAGCCUCAUACGAGCAGUUGGUGCGGCAGGUGGAGGCGCUGCGCAGGGAGAACAGCCACCUCCGGCGUGAGCUGCAGGACAACUCCCAGCACCUCUCCAAGCUGGAGAAUGAGACCUCGGACAUGAAGGAAGUGCUGAAGCACCUGCAGGGGAAGCUGGAGCAGGAGGCACGGGUGAUGGUGUCCUCGGGGCAGACGGAGGUGUUGGAGCAGCUGAAAGCUCUGCAGAUGGAUGUGAGCAGCCUCUACAGCCUCAAGUUCCCAGAGGUCGCAGUGGGGGCCGGGGAGGACAGCCCACAGCAUGGCACACCCCAUGGGGACAGCGCUGGGGACGUCGGCCGGGCCACGCUGCGGCUGCUGGAGGAGCUGGACAGGGAGAGGUGUUUCUUGCUGGGGGAGAUCGAGAAGGAGGAGAAGGAGAAGGUGUGGUACUACGCACAGCUGCAGAGCCUGUCCAAGCGCCUGGAGGAGCUGCCCCACGUGGAGACGUUCUCCAUGCAGAUGGAUCUCAUCCGGCAGCAGCUGCAGUUCGAGGCGCAGCACAUCCGAGCGCUGAUGGAGGAACGCUUCGGGACGACGGAUGAGAUGGUGCAGCGGGCACAGAUCCGGGCAUCCCGGCUGGAGCAGAUCGACAAGGAGCUGAUGGAGGCUCAGGACAAAGUGCAGCCGCCGGAGCCGCAGCUCUGCACAAAGCUGCCGGGCACAGAGGAGGACGGCAGCGUGGACGUCCCGACGCACCCUGAGGACGGGGGCAGCAGCAAGGUGGAGGUGGUCUUCUGGCUGCUGUCCAUGCUGGCCACGAGGGACAAGGACGACAUGUCGCGCACGCUGCUGGCCAUGUCCAGCUCACAGGAGAGCUGCUUGGCCAUGCGCAAGUCGGGCUGCCUGCCGCUGCUCAUCCAGAUCCUGCACGACUCCGACCGUGAGCCUGGCCCCCCCGAGAGCCCCACCAGUGCCAAGGAUGCCCGCAUGCGCGCCAACGCCGCGCUGCACAACAUCGUCUUCUCGCAGCCCGACGAGGGGCAGGCCAAGAAGGAGAUGCGGGUGCUGCACGUGCUGGAGCAGAUCCGCUCCUACUCGGAGACCUGCUGGGAUUGGCUGCAGAUGCAGAGCAGGGAUGGGGGCAAAGGGCCCGAGGGCAGCACGGGUAUGGGGCUGGGCAGGGCUGGACAGAGGUGUUCAGGGAGGUGCAGAGUGGUGUGUGUGUGUGUGCAAGGGUGUGUGUGCACGCGUUGGUGUGCACAGCACAUGUGUCAGUGUGUGCUGGAGGAGGAGGUGAUGCUGUCCGUGUGUGCCAGCACCCAGCUGGCCACAUCACUCCCCAUUGUCCCCACAGCACCGGUGCCCAUCGAGCCCCAAAUCUGCCAGGCCACCUGUGCCAUCAUGAAGCUCUCCUUCGAUGAGGAGUACCGGCGUGCCAUGAACGAGCUGGGUGGGCUGCAGGCAGUGGCUGAGCUGCUGCAGGUGGACUACGAGAUGCACAAGAUGACGAGCGAUCCCCUGAACCUGGCGCUGCGGCGCUACGCAGGGAUGGCCCUCACCAACCUCACCUUUGGGGAUGUGGUCAACAAGGCAACGCUGUGCUCACGCCGGGGCUGCAUGGAGGCCAUUGUGGCCCAGCUGGGCUCCGACAGCGAGGAGCUGCACCAGGUGGUAUCAAGCAUCCUGAGGAACCUCUCCUGGAGAGCCGACAUCAACAGCAAGAAGGUGCUGCGGGAGGUGGGCAGCGUGGCGGGGCUGACGCAGUGCGCGCUGCACGCGGCCAAGGAGUCCACACUGAAGAGUGUCCUGAGCGCACUGUGGAACCUGUCAGCACACAGCACAGAGAACAAAGCCGCCAUUUGCAGUGUGGAGGGGGCCCUGGGCUUCCUGGUCAGCACCCUCACCUACAAGUGCCAGAGCAACUCGCUGGCCAUCAUCGAGAGCGGCGGCGGCAUCCUGCGCAACGUCUCCAGCCUCAUCGCCACGCGCGAGGACUACAGGCAGGUGCUCCGGGACCACAACUGCCUGCAGACGUUGCUGCAGCACCUGCGCUCGCACAGCCUCACCAUCGUCAGCAAUGCUUGUGGCACGCUUUGGAACCUGUCUGCCCGCAGCCCCCGCGACCAGGAGCUGCUCUGGGACCUGGGGGCGGUCAGCAUGCUGCGCAACCUCAUCCACUCCAAGCACAAGAUGAUCGCCAUGGGCAGCGCGGCUGCGCUCCGCAACCUGCUCACCAACCGGCCCCCCAAGUACAAGGACACGGCCGUUGUCUCGCCGGGCUCCUGCAUGCCAUCUCUGUACAUGCGCAAGCAGAAGGCGCUGGAGGCCGAGCUGGAUGCCAAACAUCUGGCUGAGACCUUUGACACCAUGGAGAAGCAGAGCCUGAAGAGCCAGAGCGCCAAGAAGCCGCUGCGGCACAUGGAGAGCCUGGUGAAGGAUUACGCCUCCGACUCGGGCUGCUUCGAUGACGAUGAGGUGCCCAACAUCUCCACUGGUGUGGAGACAGCCAGCGCCUCCGUCCUCUCCAUGUUCCUGGGCUCCUCCUUCCUGCAGGGCCAGGCGCUGCCGCGGGCUCUGGCACACAGACGGUGCCCAGAACCAGAGAAGGAUGAUGGUGGGAAGCCAGCAGAGCCCAAGAAGCCGCCACUGCCCGAAGACGACGUCUCUCUGGCCGCUGAGAAGCUGGCCAACAAGAUCUCCAGCACGGUGGCCAAGAUCGACAAGCUGGUGGAGGACAUCUCCACCAUGCACACGUCCUCGGAUGACAGCUUCAGCCUCAGCUCGGAGGACCACGGCCUGGACUGGCAGUACGGCCCCGAGGAGCCGCCCGAGGUGCGCGCCCACUCCUGCUCCCCGUGCCGUCUCUCGGACACCGGUGGCUCUGCCAGGCGUGAGGGACUGAGCCGGGCGCGCGCGUUGCUGCGGCUGAAGACGGCGUACACCAGCCUGUCCACAGACAGCCUCAACAGCGGCAGCACCAGCGAUGGCUAUUGCCCCAAGGAGCACAUGAAGCCCUGCACCAGGGCUCCCUUUCUUGACUAUAGGGAUGAGUUGCAACGCUACCAGAAGAGACCCAGCAGGCUCGACCUCAAGAGCAUCCUGGGCACCAAACCUGACCCCCCUGUGCUCAGGGCUGAGCCGGAUAAGCCAGAGCAGAGGGAGGCACCGGAGCGGGGCAGGAAGGCGGUGACCUUCCCCAGUCCCAAAGCGCUGGAGACUGGGAGGAAGAAGGAGGUGGGUGGCAAGCUGCCUACUGACCCACAGGUGCACACCAUCAAGCUCUCGCCCUCAUACCAGCACGUGCCCUUGCUCGGGAGCCUGGCCAAGAGCAGCACAGCCAUCAGCCACCACCCCUCGCUGCUGGGAAGGAAGCAAGCCUGGCUGCCCCCGGCCCUCCUGCAAACAGCCGACACUCUCAGCAAGAUCCCUGAGAAGCUGCCAGCCCAGCCCCUGGCCCCGGCCGAGCAGGAGUCGGUGCAGAAAUACUCGGUGGAGGACACCCCCAUCUGCUUCUCCCGCUGCAGCUCCCUCUCCUCCCUCUCCUCAGCCGACAAUGUGCUGGAUGGGCAGAGCCACAGCGAGAAUGACCUGGACAGCGACUCCUCACUGGAGAUCCUGGAGAUGGAUGAAGGGGAUGGGGAAGCUGAGGACAUGAGGCAGGAGAAGGAGAAGACAGAGAUGGGUCCAACAACACCGGUGGGGAUCUCCCAGCCCAUCACCAUCCCCUUCCCCAAACGUGACAAGCUUUUCCUGCGGGAUGCAUCGCCCUCCCGCCAGGAGGACCACACUCCCUCCAGCUCCUCGGAGAACUACAUCCAGGAGACACCGUUGGUGAUGAGCCGCUGCAGCUCCGUCAGCUCUCUGGGCAGCUUUGAGAGCCCAUCCAUCGCCAGCUCCAUCCAGAGUGACCCAUGCAGCGAGAUGAUCAGUGGCACCGUCAGCCCCAGCGAGCUGCCCGACAGCCCUGGGCAGACCAUGCCACCCAGCCGCAGCAAGACGCCGCUCUUCGAGCUGGGCUGCCCACCUGAGAAGGAGACCAGCCAGUUCAACAUCCAGUGGGAGAACAACGUCAAGAAGUUCAUGGAGAUCACCGACUUCAAGGAGCGCUUCCAGCUGCCCCAGGACCUGGACUCCAUGGUCUAUUUCACAGUGGAGAAACCCAAUGAGAAUUUCUCGUGCGCCUCCAGCCUGAGCGCCCUGCCGCUGCACGAGCACUACGUGCAGAAAGACGUGGAGCUGAAGCUGAUGCCCACCUUCCCCGAGAAGAACAGCCUGAAUUUUGCAGUGCAUGAGGAGCGGGAGGAGCGAGAGGAGCAGCUCCUGGAGGGCCAACGCUGUGCAGAGCCCAGCUCUGACGAUGACAUUGAGAUCCUAAAGGAGUGCAUCAGCUCUGCCAUGCCCUCACGCUUCCGCAAGGUGAAGAGCUCGCUGCUCUCUGGGCAGGUCCUGCACCCACACACCAAGAAACCGGUCCACGUCCCUGUCUACAUGCUGGUGCCCACACACACUGCUAUCCCCAAGCACCUCCGUGCCACCGCCCGGGAGCUCUACAAGGAUGAUGACUCCUACACCGAUUCGGCUGAUGGGACCCCCGUCAACUUCUCCAGCACCGCCUCGUUGAGCGAUGAGACCCUGCGUGGCCCUAAGGAGGAGGCUGAGCUCCCCCACGGUGCGGGGAGGAGACGAGAAAUGGGCACCGCGGCAUCGCCAGCACGGAGAUCUGCUCUGGGCGGCUCAGCGCACGCACGGCCCAGCUCAGCCUGCAGGGGCAGGGCAGGCUCCAGCCGGGACAGCCCUGUGCCACCGGGUAGAGGUGCGGAGGGGAAGCGGGGACAGCCCGUGCUCAGCACGGAGCCGGAGGUGGGGAGGAGCGGCAGCCCUGGGACGCGGCCCUGCAGCCUGCCUGGGAGGAAGGAUGGCAUGCGGGAGGAAGGGGCGGCCUUCCAGUCACUGUGCCACACCACGCCGACUGAAGAAGCCGUCUACUGCUUCUAUGAGCACGACUCGGAUGAGCCUGGACUGGGCAAGGAGGUGCCCGGAGGCGGAGCACAGCCCGGCCGGGCGCUGCGGAGGGAGCGCUGCGGGGGCUCCGUGCCAAGGAGGGAGCCUGAGACGAAGGGCAAAGCGAAGGGCAAGCUGCAACACAACCUGAUUGCUGAUGAGACACCGCCGUGCUACUCGCUGAGCUCCUCCAUGAGCUCCCUGAGUGAUGGCAACCCUGGCGAGGGUGAGGAGUGUGGUUCAGCUCCCCGGCAGCGCGCAGCAGUGGGGCAGGCGCAGGGCCGCUCCCCCAGCCCCAACUCGGAGGACGAUCUCCUGCAGAAGUGCAUCGGCUCUGCCAUGCCCAAGCGCCGGCGGCCCUCGACGAGGAGGAGGACGGCGGAGAGGAAGCAGAAGCUGAAGGGCAGCACUGGGAGGGAGCGCCCGGCAGAGGGCAGGCAUCGCUCCGACGAUUUAGGCUCCGACGGCGGCUCCGACCUGGACAGCGUGGAGUGGGAGGCCAUCCAGGAGGGAGCCAACUCCAUCGUCACCUGGCUGCACCAGGCUGCGGCGUCGCUGUCACGGGAGCCUUCCUCCGAGUCUGACUCCAUCCUCUCCUUCGUCUCAGGGCUCUCAGUCGGCUCCACUCUGCAGCUCUCCCUGGACAGGGCUGAGAAGAAACGCUCUGGAAGCGCGGCCGGGCGGGAGACGGAGAGGAGGGAGCGAGCCAAGAGCCGCCCGGAGGCGAAGAAGGCGCCGAGCGCCCGUCCUGCCGGCAAUGCGAGGGCAGAGAGGAGCCCAGCACCGAGCAAGCCCGUGCCCAACCUGCCGGUGGUUUUCCGCGGCAGGACCGUCAUCUACAUGCCCAGCUUGGCCAAGGACGCGCCCAGCCCGCGCUCCACCCCAAAGAAAUCCCCCACGGCCAAACCCCCGGCGCCCAAGAAUCUGUCGCUGAGCCAGCAGCGAUCCCGCAGCCUGCACCGCCUGGGGAAGCCGCCCGAUGGGGGGGACCUGACUCUGCCCAAGCGCAGCACCACGCCUCCUGCCCGCAUCGCCAAGGGGCCGCCGUCCUCGGGCUCGUCCCGCACCUCCACGCCCUCGCAGCACGUGCCCAAGAAGCUGCCGUCACCCUCGCAGCUCUCCAAGCAGAGCCCCGUGCAGACGGGCAAGACGACCGGCCCCCCUUCCCCACCCGGCCCCUCGGCCAAGCCCACGGCCCCCAGAUCCCCGGCCCCCCGGCAGCACAAGACGCAGAAGUCACCCGUCCGCAUCCCCUUCAUGCAGAAGCCCAGCAGGAAGGUGCUGCCGGUGCGCUCGGCCAUGCCGGUGCUGGAGGAGCAGGAGGGCAGCGGCAAGGCGAAGGGCAGCACGCCGGGGGGGGCGGGGAGCAGCCGGCUCAACCUGGUGCGGAUGUCAUCCGCUCGCUCCAGCGGCAGCGACUCGGACCGCUCGGGUUUCCUGCGGCAGCUCACCUUCAUCAAGGAGUCCUCCAGCCUGCUGCUGCGGCACCGCGCCGAGCUCGGCCCGGCCACCCCGGCCACCUCACUGCCCCGCGGUGCGUCCCCGCAGCGCAGCCGGGCCGCCCUCCCCACCGUCUUCCUUUGCUCGUCCCGCUGCGAGGAGCUGAAGGCGGCCAAACCAGCAGCGCCCGCACCGCGGCCGCUCGUCCCCAGGGCGCAGCCCGGCUGCAAAGCCCCCGCCGCAUCCAAGCCCCCGCGCAGGACCAGCUCGGAGAGCCCCUCCAGGCUGCCGGUGAAGACGGCCGUCCCAGAGCCCUUCAAGCGGUACUCCUCAUCGCCCAACAUCAGCGUGCCGCGCCGCACCGGCAGCCCGUCCUCCGUCCUCUCCGCUUGCUCCGAGGCGUCGGCGCGGCGGCGGAAACCCGGUGAGGCGACGGAGGAGAAACCGCCGAUGGCGAUGAUGAAAGGCACGUGGCGACGCAUCCGCGAUGAGGACAUCCCGCACAUCCUGCAGAGCACGCUGCCCUCCACCGCGCUGCCGCUGCUCAGCGCCGCCGAGGAGCCGCUCCCCGGCCCCAGGAAGACCAGCGACGCCGUGGUGCAGACCGAGGACUUCGCCACCACCAAGACCAACUCCAGCACCUCGCCCACAAUGGAGAGCCCCCGGCACGAUGGCGAAGCCCCGGCUCCCACCAAGGCCACCCUGCCCAUCUCCUUCGGGCACGAGGCGCCGGCCGGGACCUUCCCCGCCAGCCGGCACAGCUCCCCGAGCCGCGCCGCCCGCGUCACCCCCUUCAAUUACGUCCCCAGCCCCAUGGCGGUGCCGGCAGUGGCUGACAAAGCAGUGGAGAAAAUCCAGGCGUGAGCGGCUGCCACGGACGGACCCCGACGGACACCUCCUGCCCGCGGGGAUGGAGACGUGGGACAGCCGGGACCCCUCCCCAACCCAGAUGGGGUUUAUUCCAACGCAGCUCCAAAGGUUCCCGUGCUGAAGACCAGGCGAAGCCCCGUGGGUGGGGACCGAUCCCUGCAGCCAAGCGCUUC